AUGGCUCAAGCACAGGCGACGCGAGGCGACCCAAUGAAGGCCCAGCAGGAGCAGCCGGAGCCCAUCCAGUACGGCCACGUCUUCGCCGUCACGGGCGACCUGGCCGUGCAGGCCAUCGCGCCACGGGACGCGGAGGCCAUGCGCACCGCCGAGGAGAGCGUGCAGGGCGUCCCGGUCCCGCAGGCCAGCGGCGGCGGCUUCAGCGCGGCGGUGGCCAUGGAGACGGCCGCCGCGUACAACCAGGCCGUCGGCGCCGUCCGCCCCGGCCAGGCCAGCGACGCGGCCACCAAGCAGGGCAUCACCGUCACCCAGACCGCCGUGCCCGGCGGCCGCAUCGUCACCGAGUUCGUGGCGGGUCAGGUGGUCGGGCAGUACUCCGUGGCCGACCAGGCGAUGAUGCAGCAGCAGCAGCAGCAGGUGGUGGAGGAGGACGCGAGCAAGGUGACGAUCGGCGAGGCCAUGGAGGCAGCGGCCCUGUCCGCGGGCGAUCGGCCCCUCGAAGAGGCCGACGCGGCGGCCAUCCGCGCCGCGGAGACGCAGGCGCAGGGAGCGGACGAGGUCAUGCCCGGCGGCCUGGCCGACCAGGCGUGGGCCGCGGCGAGCGCCAACGCCUGGGCCGAGCGCGACGAGGACAAGAUCACGGUCGGCGAUGUCCUCUCGGACGCGACGACGAAGCUGGCGGACGACAAGCCGGCGGCGAGGGAGGACGCGGCCAGGGUGGUGCAGGCGGAGACGUACAGCGACGCCGGGGCGCGCACCAAGGCCGGCGGGGUGGGCGCCGCGGUCACCACGGCGGCGAGGCUCAACCAAGAGGACGACGACGACGACGCUUGA